GAGUCAGCCGCCCCCCGGGACCCCCCUUUUUGCGCAUUCAAACUCAGUCACACGCAAAUAUCUUCGUAUGGAGCUCUGAAUAUUCCGCGCAUUUUCUUGCAAGUCAAGUAUUAAUUGAACGGUUUUAUAAAUGAGGAUGAAGACUUGACUCCCGAGCUGGAAGGGGUGCACUUAAGGUUCGGGGAUAUUGUGUGCAGGAGAAGAUCAAGAUGGGUCUGCUGGGUUUUUCUUCUUCUUCUUCUUUGGUAGCAAUUAUUUUGGUUUUGAAUGUGGUGGUGAGCUGUAAUGGAGGGAAGACGAGCACUUUUGUGAGAAAAGUUGAGAAGGCUCUGGAUAUGCCUCUGGAUAGCGAUGUCUUUCGAAUCCCUCCCGGCUAUAAUGCGCCUCAACAGGUCCACAUAACACAAGGAGACCACGAGGGCAAGGCAGUGAUCGUGUCAUGGGUGACUGUGAAUGAACCGGGUUCGAAUACCGUGAUUUAUUGGAGUGAAAAUAGCAAGGAAAAGAAACAGGCUGAAGGCAAAAUUACUACCUACAAGUUCUACAAUUACACUUCUGGCUUCAUUCAUCAUACGACCAUCAGAAACUUGAAGUUCAACACCAAAUACUACUACGUGGUUGGGAUUGGGCACACUCCACGACAGUUCUGGUUUAUAACUCCCCCUGAAGUUGGCCCUGAUGUGCCUUAUACAUUUGGUCUCAUAGGGGAUCUUGGUCAGAGUUUUGAUUCAAACAGGACUCUUACUCAUUAUGAAUUAAACCCGCAGAAAGGGAAAACGGUGUUGUUUGUUGGUGACCUCUCUUAUGCAGACCGCUAUACAAAUCAUGACAAUGUUAGAUGGGAUACAUGGGGAAGGUUUGUUGAGAGAAGUGUUGCUUAUCAACCAUGGAUAUGGACUGCAGGGAAUCAUGAGUUAGAUUUUUUCCCGGAAAUCGGGGAAACCAAACCUUUUAAGCCUUACACUAAACGUUACCAUGUGCCUUACAAAGCUUCAAACAGUACUGCUCCCUUUUGGUAUUCAAUCAAGAGAGCUUCAGCUUACAUCAUAGUCUUGGCUUCAUAUUCAGCAUAUGGUAAAUACACCCCUCAAUACCAAUGGCUUGAACAGGAAUUGCCAAAAGUUAACAGGACUGAGACACCUUGGUUGAUUGUUCUUAUGCAUUCCCCCUGGUAUAAUAGCUACAACUAUCAUUAUAUGGAGGGGGAAACCAUGAGAGUAAUGUAUGAGGAAUGGUUUGUGAAGUACAAAGUUGAUGUGGUAUUUGCAGGUCAUGUUCAUGCCUAUGAACGAUCCGAGCGUGUAUCCAACGUUGCAUACAAAGUUGUAAAUGGUAUUUGCACUCCUGUAAAGGAUCAAUCAGCUCCUGUAUACAUAACCAUUGGCGAUGGAGGAAAUCUUGAAGGCUUGGCAACCAACAUGACAGAACCACAGCCUGCAUAUUCAGCUUAUCGUGAGGCCAGUUUUGGUCAUGCCACCUUUGAUAUCAAGAACCGAACCCAUGCUUACUACGGUUGGCACCGUAAUCAAGAUGGAUAUGCGGUGGAAGCAGAUUCAAUGUGGUUUUUCAACAGACACUGGAAUCCAGUUGAUGAUUCCACAUAUGCCCAAUCAUGAUAUAAUAAUCAUUUGUAUGCUCUUUGGAAUAAAUGACCUCUCAUAUUUGGAAUGUUGGGAUUGGACUGCCGAGCUUCAUCAACAUUUUGUUGUAGAUCAUCGCAUAAAAAACAUGUGCUUAUAUAUGCAGCUUGACAUUUCCUACUACGCA